AUGGUCCGGCGGCUGGUCCGGCGGCUCUCCCCCGCCGCCCCCGCCGACCGCCUCCUCCGCCGCCACCACUCCCACUCCUCCACCUCUUCCUCCGACCUCCCAGACCUCGCAGAGGAGGAUGUUUGGCCCACCGCCACCGCUACCGCUACCUCCGGUGACAAGAACCGAUGGCGCCGCACCGGCGGACUGUCGAGAGCUUUGGACAGCGGUGGAGCGGUGGUGAUGUCGUCACCGCCGGUGGCUGUAACGUUUGGGUCGGCGCAUCUUGGGGGCGGGUAUGCGGGGGAAGAGGAGGUGGAGGAUGAAGGGGAGUGGAUACCGCCGCACGUGUACCUUGCACGUGAGCAGAGGAAGACGGCGAUGGCAACCUCGGUUUUCGAGGGGGUUGGCCGGACCCUCAAAGGACGAGAUUUGAGCCGGGUUCGUAAUGCCGUCUGGAGUCAAACCGGUUUUUUUGGCUGAACCGACUAAAUAUAUAUAUAUAUACUUCUAGUAUUAGUUGUUUGGAACGCCCAUUUUAAGAAAAAAAUAUCACCUCAGAAUUUUGCAGGUAGAAUUAUGUGCGGAGUCCAAUGAAAUCACGCAAUAGAGAAAUAUUUCCGGUAGCACAGGGGACUAUUCCCCGUGUUAUUCAGGUGUUAUUGCAUGUUAUUCAUGUGUUAUUG